UCCCUGCAACGCCCUUUGAUCCCCGCCUGGUUUUCCCGCCCGUCGGAAUCAAAACGCAAGUCUAUUCACUCGCAGAGAAAGGUGUGCGUCAAGAGAGAGAAAGAAACAAAAACGCACCAUCAAGACUCAAGAGAGCAGAGAGAGAGAAAGCGAGGAGUAAACCGCAGCAUCAGAGAGGGGGGGGGAGGGAGAGAGAGUGAGUGAUGGUGUUUUUGCAACGCUCUUCAGGUCGCAAGAGGCCUGACACUGCGCUUGCGGGUGAUUCGCACAAUUCUCUCCCUCCCACCAACGACAAUAAAAAUAAGAAGAAUCGAGUCUCCAAUGAAGGAGAAGUCCCUGUCUCAGAGGAAGAGGCGAUGGUUGCGCUCCUUGCUGAGGCGGGGUGCACACUUUGCAACUCUGGCGGUGGUCUUCCACUCGUCCCGAACGACAUUCACAAGCUCCAUAAACACCUCGAGGCCCGCUUCUCUUCGGACCCAAAUCUGAUCCCCCAAUUCCUCAGUGGCUUUGCUUCUUAUAUAAACGCUCCCCAUAAUCUGAAGAGGGUUCUCACAUCACUGCCGCGGACCGAGAUAGAGCACUCGUCUUCUUUUAAUAGUAGCAAUAGUGAUAGCCUUGUAAGGAUACUUCUCUUGGUUCCGCCUAUCCAGCUUGGCCUCCAACACAUGCUUCUCGAGAAGCUUCCUGAAUAUUUUGGAAUGGAGUCUGCUUUGUUAAAGGAUGAUAUCGCAAGGCUUAUCAUCAGCCAGUUUUGCUGGCUCGACUUCCUUGUGGACCCUAAGGGUUUUGCUGAUAAGUUGAUGGAGGUGCUCUCAAUUUGCCCCCUUUCGCUGAAGAAAGACAUUAUUGGUUCACUCCCUGAGAUGCUUGGGGAUAAAACCAAUGAGGCGGUUGUUGCCACACUUGAGCAGAUGUUGCAGGAGGACUCAGAUGUCAUUGUGCCUGUUCUCGACGCUUUCUCCAAUCUCAACCUCAAUGCUACUCUUCAAGAAGAGGUGGUCACCAUUGCCCUAUCUUGCAUUAGGACUGUCAGCAUGGAACACUUGUCACACCUACUGAGAUUCUUAUUACUUUCGGCUACACCUACAAAUGUUAGGAGGAUAAUAUCACAGAUCCGUGAACACUUAAAAUUUGUCGGCAUACCAGAUCCUAAUGCCACCAGGCAGAAGAAGCUCAAAGGCAAAAUGAUUGCUGAUGGUGUUGAGGUUUCCAUUCUUGAGGCUCUGAAAUCAGGUCUUCGUUUCAAGGAUAUCCUUUGUGAUGCGUUCCUGAAAGUAAUUAAGUCCCUUGAUAAUGCACGUGAGCAUAAGGUCAUUGAUGUGUGGUUGCUCAUGGUUAUCUACACAAAUGGAGGCUUAUUGCAAAAAACAGUUGAAAAGAUUAUAAAGAGGAAAGUAAUCGAUGGUUGUUUUGGGGAGUCCGUAUUUUAUCGAUGUAUUCAUGGUCAGGGGAUGAUCGUCCAGGAUUACUUCUCAUCCUUUCUCUCCAUUGGUGAGUUCCUUAUGACAUGCAAAGAACAAAGGGCACGAGAAUUUGGCAUUUACAUUUAUGUAACUCUUUUUGAGGAAUUCAUGGAUGCUUACUCUAGGCAAGAAGUUCUCGGCUCACUGAUCACACAUAUGGGUUCUGGCAUUAUUUAUGAAGUGAAUGCCGCUCUCGAGACAAUGAUGGUUCUGACAUCAAAAUAUCCGCAGGACCUGGUUUCAAUAUCUUCACAUAUAAAUGGUAUUCUGGAUUAUCUGGAAGGUUUUAGUGAUGGGCAUGUGCACAAGGUUUAUGAAAUUUUCAGCCGUUUGGCAUUGCUAGCUCAUCCCAAUUCUGAUAUCCGGAAUUCAUCCAUUGCCAAUGAUCUUUUGAUGAUUGUCCGCAAACAGGUUGGAAAUGGGGAUUUGAAGUACAAAAGGAUGGGGAUAAUCGGCAUCCUGAAGAUAGUUUCUUCUCUAGGAGAAAUAACUACCAGUAACUUGAUCUCAUCGACUCAGAAAACAAAUUCUCAGGAGGCUUUAGAGCUGUUGAAAAUGGCUUUGGACUCUUGUAGAUUGUUGCCUUUACCUUUGGUUCUAUUGUAUGACGAAUUAGUUGGCUUAUUGAAAUGCACAAACCUUCAAGCUACCAUAAUGGAAUGGUUGUGCAAACAUGUUGGGGAGUUUGAGUCAAUAUUUUUGUUGGAUCUUGAGGGAGGUCAGUUGUCGAUAAAGACCGACAAGUGUAGUGGUUUAGAUGGGGAGUUGUGGAUGAAUUUGGAUGGUGAAGUUUCUCCGAUUUGUUUGAAUGUCUUGCAAUUACUGUCCUCUACUUCGCAGAGGUUUUCAUCCUCCUUACAAUUUCUUCCAGCUAACUUUUUAUUGCUGUCCGCUGUUGAGAGGUUCACAAACCAGGGCUCUCUAGGAGGGAUUGAUGCACUUCUUGGCUGCCCAUUAUAUCUUCCAUCUUUGAAGUACUUCAAGGGAGCUGCUUGGAGAUCCCUGAUGAUAAAACAGAAGCAGAUAGUGUGCCUUUCUCUCUACUAUGCUAUUAAUUGGAUAAGGGAACUGCUCAAUGCUUUCUCGACACAAGUUGCUGGCAGAACUGAUUCUGUGACUCAAGUUACAAGGGAUGAAAUAGCUACAAAGUUACUGAAGCGUCUAAGGAACUUGGUUUUUCUGGAAAGCCUGUUGAAUGCCUGCCUCAAAUCAUGCCCUAUUUCCCUGCCUGUGCUCCACUCUUCUAUGGAGCAUUCUGGACAUUCUUUGUAUGGAAAGUAUUACCAUUUACAAAGUAAAGUAAAUCAAGAUGAAACGAAAAUUGUUUCAGAUAAGAACGGAAAGAAACAAACCAAAAAAAAGUCAGCAGUCUCCCAAGUUUCGGAUGUUGAUUCAAGGCUCAAGCAGCCUACCAUUUUGGAUUCCUUUAAACGAGCAGGGAUCACUAUAAGCCAGCAAGCAUCGAAGGAGUGUUCCUCAACAAACGCAUCGAAAGAAAGUACAACAGAGGAUGGUGAAAGCCAGAACUUUGAUUUCAAUGAGCUCACCCAUUUACAAACAUCUGCAGCCCCAAUGGUUUUAGAUGCACAAAGAUUUAAGUUUAGGCCUCUACUUGUCAACUGCUUGUCAGUUUUGUCUCUUUCAAAGGCGAAGGGGUCUUGUUGUUCAGAUCCUGCAGCCGAGCUGGGACUGCAUCUGUAUCUUGUCCGUGAUUUCAACUACAAACUUGAGUUUGAGAGUCCUCGAAACAAAUCAUUUUUUACUGUUCUUUCACCAAAUUGCAAGGCUCCAUCUGGUCUGAAUGGGCUGUCCAUCAUUGAAUUUAUGAACAAGAUGAGGCCGUUAUUUUCAAGCCUUAAGAAACAUCUUGAUGGUGCUGUUUGUGUUCUCAAAGAAGGAAAUGACAGCUGUGGUGAGCACUGGAAAAAUGAAUGUAAAUCAGCUGGAAACCCAGAUAUAAGUUACGAGAUGGUUUCAAGAUCUUCAGUAGCUGGUUCUAUAUUCAAGGAGAUAUUGUGCUGCUAUGCUAAGAUUCUGAGCUUUGAUGACUUAUGCUCCAAGAUGAAUGUUUCAAUUCUGAGAGAUCUGCUUGAGGCACUACAACCCGCUGGAAUACCAGAUGAGUUCUUUUCUGAUAUCCAACCACUACCAUCCUCCGGAAGCUUGGAGUAUUUGUAUUGUGGCGCUUAUGCUUUCCUUGAUGGAGUUUUGAACUUAGCAUGCUCAUUCUCAUUUUUGCUGGCAACGGAGGUUCUAGUUACUCUCAAAUCACUUGUAAGUUCCACUCAGUUAUUGCUUGAGAAGUCAUCGGAAGGAAAUGUCAAAAAUUGUAUAGAAUCUCUUCCAAGCAUUAUUCCAGUUCUCAGCAGAAGGCUUGGAACUUGUGCACAAAGGCUUCUAGCACAUGAAUGGGAUGCUGAGGAUCUCGAGAAAGACUCAAAGAGCAAAGGAGAAACAAUUCAGAACAUAUUGCAGAUUUACUUGGACUAUAGUGACUGCACAUUUGAUUUAGUGAAUGAACUUGCCUGCAAAAUCAUACCGCAGGUCCCUUCUGGCAAGAGUAGAACUGGGCAGGACUAUGUUUCCAGCUUCCCAACACUUAGCCCUGGUGUGCUUGCUGUCUGGUAUCGUGUACUGCAUGAGCAAAAUAUUGCAAAUCUCAAGAAGUUGAUAAGGGAAAUCGGUACACAGCAAAAGUCCAGAACUAUUGUAGGUGGAGAAGCAAUAGAGAGAUCAUUGGCCAAAGCACGCCAAUCUGUUGACGUAAUCGUAUCAUUGGUCAAUAUGUGCAAGACGCAUGACAAGGUAUUCGUGCAUGCCAUGGCAGUAAGAUAUACUGGGAGGUUUGUGGAUUCCUUCUUAAAAGUCUUUGACUUUCUAAAAGUCCACUUUGAUGCACACAGCGACACAAUAAUUCAAAUGUUCAAGGAGCUUCAGAAGGCCACAAGAACCAUUCAGUUCCUCUGCUCUGAUGCCAAGGGGUCAAAGCGGACGAUGAUCACAAGCAAGAUACCUACAGUAAAGAGAUCAAUGGAACGUUUCCUCUUUCAAGUCAAGGCUCUGUUCCACAAUGUGUCCAAUGGGUGCUCUUUCUGGAUGGGCAACUUGAAACACAAAGACCUCUUGGGUCAGGUGGUGAGUUCUCAAGUGCAUGCUGACAGGGAUGAUGAGAAUGAAGAAGGGCAUGAUGAAAUGGAAGAUGUUCGAGGUCAAGGUAUGGCUGACAACGUGUCUGAAGAAACUGAAUGAAAAUUAAAGCUUUAGAAGUGGGCCGCCUGGCUUUGGAGUGAGUGCUGCAAGCAGCGUACACCUGAAGAUGACCUGUGUGCUAAGUUUAGAAUCGAACCGCUUCUUAGAAGAGAUAGUGACAGAACCGCUUCUUAGAAGAGAUAGUGACAGCGGAACACUUACCACAACUAAGGAGAGAAAGGCCUUACGGUGCCAUACCUGGCGGGCUGGCCCUUGAGGGAGGUCCAUAGGUUCGUGUUGCCCAGGAAGUGUGCGGCUGGGGUACGCCGUUUCACUACGGAGCGGUACUCCCCAAAGUAGGAAAUCGGCGGAUAAGUCUUCUCACCUAGCCCAGCUGUGCAGCCAUCGUAGAGGGGUGAUGGAGUCCCGAAUCUCCCCUGCGGGGAAACCCAUUCUACGAUGUGCGUCGGCAAAGGUUAGGGACCGUGUUAAUAUGAAGUUGCUUAUUCAUAAACUCAAUAACAUCUCUUUUUAAGAGUUAUCCUAUCUGAUAUGAACUCAUUUCAGGCCGCAUGUUGACAGCAGCUUUCAUUAACCUUUUAUCUGGUUUGGCUAACAGUGCCCCUUAAUAUAACUGAGAGUCAUUACAUUAUUGGAUUUGCCUGCUUUAAGAUAAUCUGUUAUGAAGAAAUGAGCAACAACUGUACGGGAAUACCUCUUCCUUUUACUACCUUUCACACUGUUAAUUUAUGAUUUUGAAUGGUGAGGUUUUUUUAUCGGGAUUGUA